UUUGUGCAUCAACUUUUUCGUGUUGGGCCGUUACGGCCAGCGCCGACUCUAGGCAUUAAACAAAAAUAAUAAACAAAAUCGUUUGUCCGCGCGGUAAACUGUCCAGACGCUGCAUCAGCGGGAAAACGGAUGCAUCAUCGCUACCAACAUUGAGAUCGCGCACGUUUUCGUGAAAUUAUUAUUUACCUUGAGUUCGUUAUAAUUUGAUAAGGCGGUUUACUCAGCGCACAUGUUGAAGAUUACCUUUUCAAUAUUUGUCAUGUAGCAUUUAAGACCCGGCUCGAACAUUUCUAAAUAACAUAAUGACUGUCGGUUUAAUAGGGUGCGGUUUUCUGUUAGCACUGGCCGCACAUUUUUCGCAAGUAAGGAGUGCGGUCGAAUGUCCCCUAAACUUGAAAUUGUUGUGCAACGAACAGACCAAUUGCAACGAAUGUAUUCGAAUACACCCCUGCUGCCAUUGGUGUUACGAUCAGCAAAAUUUUACAGGCAGUAGGUGCAACUUUAUAGAGGAGCUUAAGCAAUGCGAUGGACAAGUCGAGAAGAAUGUCGAGUCCAAAUUGGAAAUUGAGACGGACAAAGACUUUACGGCGAUAAGAAAAACCAGUGAUGUGACCAGAGUCAUACAAAUCAAACCGCAAGGCUUCAAGGUUGUCUUGAGGAAAGAUGCUCCGAUAAAUUUUACAUUUACCUACAACGCUGCCAAGAACUAUCCACUGGAGUUGUACUACUUAGGCGACUUAAGUUACUCGAUGCGAACUCAUUUGGAGACUCUGAAAAACUUGGGCGACGAUCUGGGGAAAAGUUUGGAGAAUUUGACCUUGAACUACAAAUUGGCAUACGGUUCCUUCUUGGACAAACCAGCUUUGCCGUUCUUUUACACUGACGAGAAAAACAUGAAUAACCCCUGCAUGUCUGAGUCGCAGAAAUGCGAAAGGGGUUAUUUGUUCAGGCACAGGCUGAACUUUACCAAAAAUACCGGCAGAUUUUUCGAUAAGGUUAAAAACAGUCAGAUAAGUGCCAAUGUCGACGAUCUAGACGGAGCUCUGGAAGCCAUAUCGCAAAUACUCGUCUGUAAUAAGAAAUUCGGCUGGACCGAGAAUUCUCGAAAGCUCAUUGUACUUUCCACGGAUAGUCUGCUGCAUACUGCGGGCGAUGGCCUUUUAGCGGGGGCAGUGAAAAAAAAUGACGACGUGUGUUUAAUAGACUAUCACGGCAAUUACAUGGACCCACUAAGGUACGAUUACCCGUCGGUUGGACAAAUUAGACGGCUUCUGAAAGAUUACAAGGUGAAUCUUAUAAUCGCCGUGACGAAGGACAAAAUCAAAUUUUACGAACAAAUGAAAACACACAUAUUGAACGACGAGGUCUACGUCGGCGAGCUGGAGGAAAAUUCGGCCAACAUUUUAAAAUUGGUAAACACCGGUUUCUACAAUUUCAUGAGGCAAGUCCAGUUUUCCGCGAAUACGAGCCACGCACCGGAACUGGACGUAAAGUUCUUCGGAAACUGCGACGGUUUCGGUCACUUCAAUCAAACCUCGGCGUGUUAUAACGUCGAGGAAGAAACACCGGUCACUUUCAAGGUGCAGAUCACGUUGAAAGAAUUCACGUCGAAAAAAGUGGAGCAAAUCUUCAUAAAAGAGAAAAACAUAAACGAAGAAUUAACAGUUAACAUAGAAUACGCCGGUUGCGAUUGUACGUGCGAAAACUAUCAGGCACGGGACAUUUUGAAUUGUGGACCAAACGGUGUGCUCAGCUGCGGUUCGUGUCUUUGUUCUGAAGGAUGGACCGGGCCGACUUGCUCUGAGGAAUGCAGCUACAACGUGACGCUGUGCAGGAACAUUAAAAGCGCCAACAAGUUAACUUGCUCCGGAGCCGGCGAUUGCCUGUGCGGUAAAUGCGAGUGCGAUUUUCCACAUUCCGGAAAAUUUUGCGAGUUUUACUGCCCGGUCGACAAACGUAACAGGAUAUGCAGCGGACACGGUACUUGUUUCGAAGGGGAAUGCACUUGCGAUGCUGCGUACUCGGGAAAAGAUUGUUCGUGCGAAACUGGUGUUGAGAACUGCAAACUUACCGGCAGAGAUUAUAUCUGCAACGGUCACGGGGCUUGCGAAUGUAAUUCGUGCCAGUGCGACGAAGGCUUCGAGGGCGCGUACUGCGAGAAAAAUAAGGAGAAGAACUUUUUCUGCGACAUCUACAGUGACUACGUCAAAGAGUUUAAAGAAAACGGCACGAGUUUGUUCCGAAGAAACAACGUGGAAGUACUUGUCGAAGGCCUGAGGGAAACUUCAAAUGAUGGCGAUGGAGAAUGUUCGCUGGUAUAUUUUCCCGGAGCGACCAGACGAUGCCGCAUCGAUUAUCGUUACGUCUCGGGUCAGAACAACUCGAUUCACCUCCAUGUCACAUCCGAGGAAUGCGUGAUGACAAAUACCGCGACCGCCACUUUUUUCGCGCUCGCCGCUUUCAUGGGCGUGGUCUUGUUGGGUUUGAUCUUUAUCGCGUUUAAAAAGUUUCAGAUUUAUCGAAUGGACCAAGCGGAAUAUAAAAGGUUCAUUACCGAGAAGAAAAGUGUCAGCGAAAUGAACCCUUUGUACAAGUCUCCCGUUUCUACUUUCACGAACCCGAUGGCAAGGUCCCAGUGAGCAGCAGGCUGCGCAAAGCGAGUAUUGAUGUUACGACUGUGAGAAAUAAACUAAAUAAAUGAACUAUCGAGACCCAAUCUGCUGAACAUUCCUUUCGUUCGUUCAAUAACUUGCGAAUCAUACGUAAUUCUAAAAAACGUGAGAUCGAAUCAUAAAUCAUUAGGCAAGCAUAAACUCAAGCAAAUAAGGAAACCUUUGAGUCUGUGAUUAUAAACCAACCUAAGAAUGAUACUACACGGAAUGGCUGGUGUUG